AUGCAUCUCUGGAAGUAUAUCGGAUUGCUGGCGAUGACACUGGCGUCGCCUACGGUGGCCGAGUACACCUUUGAGCAAGGAAUGUCCGACAUCCAGCUCAUGACCAGCUCGAUAUACAAGGGUCGGAAGUCACUAGAGGCAUAUGAUGGGGGCAUAUUCAGCGGCAUGCAGCUGGUAAGCCAUAUCGUCACCGGCUAUAACCACGCGACAGCCACCCAAGAAAACAUUCGGCCAUUCCGCAACUUCACCCAGGACGAUGCGGCACAGGCCACUGUUCAUGUUCAAGAUAUGAUAGAAGCCAUGACUGAAGGUCUUGGAGAAGGGCGUCAAAAGGUGUGA